AUGUACGGUUCAUAUCUGCGCGAACCAGAAAAAUCGAGGCAUGUGCUUCGCAAUUGGUAUGCUCGAAACACAUACCCGACUCCGCGGGAAAAACGGGAACUGGCCGAAGUUACUGGCCUGACGACCACCCAAGUCUCGAACUGGUUCAAAAACCGACGUCAGCGAGAUCGAGCCAUUUCCAAUGGGCCUGAUCAGAACACAAACGAGAGGUGA